AAGUAACACUAUGGGUGUGUAGUCAUCUAUGUGUUUAUCACCGGCUUGCUUAAUAUUCUGAAUAAGCUUGUUAAACACAUCUAGGUUCUCAUCUAUGUCCUUAGACAGGUCAAGCCUAAAUCUAAAGAACUUCUCAAGCAAAAACAAUUUACCAGGCAAAGAAGUAUCGGUAUACGUCUUAUCUAACUUGUCCCACAAAGCCUUUGCAGAAUCUAUAAUACCCACCUUCCUGAGUACUGAAUCAGAAAGGUUCAGGUAUAUAGAGGAACAAGCAGUUUCAUUCAUUUCAUCGCGCUUAGCAGCAUCCUCAGAGUCUAAAUAGAGACCAGUCACUGCUCUAUAGACUUUCUGUUGGAUCAACACACAUUUGAUUUUCUGUUUCCAGAUAUCAAAAUCUGUCUUUCCGUUAAAUGGAAGCAUGCCAUAUUGAUUGACAGCCAUAUUAACCGGAAAGCAAGCACAACACGCAAGAGAGUAAAUAAAAAUUAUCAAGCAAAGAAUAGUACGAAGCAACUAGCACGAACAAGCCGAGAAGACCAAUGAACGCAAGGCUCGGGUACAAUCUCCUUGUUCUUUCGUACAAGCAAGAUAAAAUUUUUAUUUACUCAACAGACAGAUAAAUGAUUAAUUAUAACCUAUAGGGCUAUCAAUUGUACGAAGCAACUAGCACGAACAAGCCGAGAAGACCAAUGAACACAAAGCUCGGGGUACAAUCUCCUUGUUCUUUCGUACAAGCACAAAUAGGCUAGAAUUAAAUCAAUAAGCAAAGAAACUGGAUUUAAAACUAAUCCGGACAGAAAUAUUCCCAACUUCGGACAACAAGUAUCCAAACAAAUAUUCUUAAUCGGAGAGUUUAUCCACGAAUCAAUACAGAAAAAUCAAAACUUAAAACGGAUUAAAUUUAAACCGAAAAGAGAUAUUCACAACUUUGGACACCAAGUAUCCAAACAAAAUACUCUUAACCGGAAAAUUAAUCCACAAAUCAAUCAACAGAAAAAACAAAAUUCAAACGGAUUAAAUUUAAACCGGAAGAAAUAUUCACAACUUUGGACAACGAGUAUCCAAACAAAAUAUUCUUCAACGGAAAAUUAAUCCACGGACCAACAAACAAGCAAUCACAAUUCAACUAACAAGCAAAGAGCAAUUCAACUUGAAAUUAAAACAAAUGAACUACGAAUAAGAAUCACACAAAGGAUUAGUAAACGUACCAGGGGCCGGGCACAGCCGGCUUCCAAGACCACGCAGGUCAGCAGCGGGGGAGCGGGGGAAUAAAAAAUCCGGUGGCACUCUGGUACUCCAAGGGUGUUUAUCGCCAAUUUACCUGAGCGGGGCCCGAGGUUGGGUUACCCGACUUACCGUAGGCAGCGUGGGCUGCUGUAGAGCACGGCGGCAAUGGACUGGACUGGCGGCAGCAGACUGAACCGGCGGCAGCAGGGCUGGACCGGUGAUGGCAGCAGCUUCUGGACUCCGGCAGAAGCUCUGGCUGGCUGGUUUGGCUCCUGGCAGACGGCGGCAGCACCCCUGGACCUCCGGUGACUUCUGGACAGCAGCGGACGGCGUCGACGCGGCGGCAGGCGGCGGCGUGGCGGCGGCAGACCUCUCCCGGCUCUGAUACCACUGUAAGAUGGCUACUCUUCCAGCUCAGGUCUCAAUCUUCAUCCACAAAGGAUGAUAAACCACUAAGAAUCACUAAAGGGGGAAUUGGGCGUCAGCCUUCAACCUUAUUUCCGGCCAAAUCAGUUUUGGCUCCACCGAGGAGCAAAGGGACGAGGUGCGUGAAAAGAGUAUCGGCCAGCCCAAUCGACAGGGAAGAGAAUAGCUUAAAUAGGAGAAGCAAUAAACUAUAGAAGGCAACUUACCUUCAAGGGAUUGAUGCCAGAAUAGCACUGGCUGGAACAAGGAAAGAAUCGCACCAGAGGGAGUAAGCCGAUCAAGAGACAAGUCGGUGCAAAUGGAUGGAUUUAAGAAUGGGUCUGGUGCAACCAUACCAAUAUUGGACUUAGGGAAAAAUAAGUGGGCCAAUACCUAACACCCAUUAGAUAUUCUUUGUCAGAGUUUGCACUUAUCACAGGGUUGAAGUGUUCAUUUCUCAAUCCAAAUUGGGAUGACGCAAAAGUAGAGGUUGAUGGAGAAAGUUGGGCAUCUUUUGUUGAAACUCACUGGCCAGAGGCAAUUUGUGAAGAAAGUUGUGAUGUGGUAAAUUAUCAUAGUGUAGUAAAUAGGUUCACACAACUUUGUAAGAAUCUCCGCAAAGAAAAAAACGAGAAUGCAAAAAAAAACGUGAUUGCUAUGGCGAAGUUAAUGUUCGUAGUCAUGGUAUUGUAUGCCAAGGAAGAUAGGAAAGCACAAAUUCCAGAGUGGAUGCUUGCAAAGGCUGCAUAUAAAGAAGACUUUGAUGCCUUUCCUUGGGGAACAUGGGCUUUUAUGCAUUCUCUUAAGGUGUUGGAAAAGAACCUUUGUGGGAAGAUGAAACGACUUGACGAAGGUGGCUCGAAAUCUUUCACAUAUGGUGGAUUUGUACUUGCGAUACCGAUUCUUGUGUAUGAGUGCAUUCCAUCUUUUGCUACUAAAUUUGCAAGAAGGAGGCCUCAAAUGAUACCCCCCGUCCCACGCAUUUGUUUAUGGAAGACAAGGUUUAGCAAAACAAAACCAACAAAUGUUGAGGUUAACGAGGCUUUGCUUUCUGUGACCGAAUUACAAAGUAUUCUUGUUCCGGAUGAGGUGGAGACACGGGCAGAAUGGAUGAGCACUUUCCAUAGUUUGAUUAGUACCCGUCAUGAUGCGAUAGAUGAUUAUGUUAAGGUGCUAGAAGAAUGUGUGACCACCGUAAGUCUAAAAAGGGAACAUAAUUAUGAUACAAAGAGGAGCGAGAAGAAAAUUAAGACUUCCUCACCAAAAAAUGUACCCCUUGCACCACAUCUUGUAAAAGACACUGCCUCAUCUCCAUCAAUUGGUGAAGGACCUCCAGUCCCACAUGUUGGGUGUUGUCUUCAGCCAAAAAGCAUGGCCACACCUUCUGGACACUCUCACACUCAUGAUAGUGAGUCAGAAUACCGCAUAAAAGAGUAUAUCCAUAAGAAGAUUGAUUUAUUGAGGGAUGAAUUCGAAAGCAAAAAUGAUGUUAUUAUAAAACUUCUUGAGAAGCUUAUUGCGAGGGGUGACGUGGUAGAGGUAGAGAAGGUUACCUCCAAUAAAAUCAGUGAAAUGUCAUCCAUGAAAAGAGAGAAUGUCGAAAAGGAAAAUACGUUGGAGGAUAAUAUGGUGGCGGAUGACCUCGUGUUGGAUGAACAAGACCAUCUUAGAGAUGAAAAUGUAGCCGGGGAACAAAGUAGCUUAUACCAUGUGCGUGGGGAGGAAGAGGUUGGAAAAGAGGUAUUGGGCCGUGGGCGUAGAAAGAAAGUUGAAUCUAGUUUACUACACACACCAUGGACUCGGAAUAAUCCAAAAAAAAAAGCCAAAACGGGUGAUUUCGUUAUCAACACCAAAAGAAGAAAAGCUAAGGUUUGUGGAGUUGUUAAUACAACAAAGGCUAGAGCAGAAAGUUGGCAUUGAAUGUCACAUGGAAGAAAGGUUUGAGAUUUCUGGCAUAGGGAAAAGAUGGUGGACUCAAUUAAUCACACCUGGUGAAUGGAUAGAGACAACGCAUAUGGGAGAGUAUUUAUAUGUUUUGCGGAGACGAGCAUUUUAUGAAUCUCAUUUAAUGAAGAUGGAUACCUUUGUUUUGAAUGAAUACUUCAGUGCAUGGUGCGAAAGAAGUCAUAUAACAUAUCCUGUCAUUGGGGACCGUCUUGAGAAGUACAUCAAAGGGGAGCUUAAAAUUCCGUUUUUAAAACCUUGGACGAAGGAGAUUCGGUCCGUUUAUUUUCCAUAUAGUAUAGAUUCUGGACAUUGGGUUGCGAUUAGAGCAGAUUUUGAUACAGGGUGUUUGACUGUGUUUGAUUCACUCAAGUCACACUGCACGGACAGUUAUCUUGAUAUUUUGUUGAGUCGUCUUCGGAGGAUAUUUCCUGUUUUAGCAAUGACUUCUGGACUCGACUCACAUACAAUGACUACAAAGCCAAUAUGGGAUGUGUGUAGACCUUGUGUUCCACAACAAACAACUAAUGAUUGUGGUGUUUUUGCAUUAAAGUUUAUUGAACUUGAUAUGCAAGGUGUUGGAUUUGACAGCUUGAAGGGGCUUCGGAGGGAAGAUAUGAAAAGACUUAGGUUACAAAUUGCAUAUCACAUUUGUAAGGAGAUUAAAAACAAACCAUAGUUUGUAUAUUAUAUGUAUUUUAUUUAUUUAGUGAAUGUAUAAUUACGAUUUAUGUCGAGUAGCUUUUAUGUGCUUGAUUAUGUUACUAAGUAUUUCUGAGUAUUUUAUAUGAUUGAAAUUAUCAUGAUGGUUGAAAAUGGGUAGAAC